AUGAUAACUUCAUUAGUUAUUACUAAUCCAACUACUAGCAUAGUUACUAGUGAUAAAACUACUAGUGAAAUUAUUAGUGAAAUUACUAGCAAAACUACUAGUGAAAUUAUUAGCAAAACUACUAAUGAAACUACUAGUGAAACUAUUAAUAAAACUACAUCAAGAUAUAGAUAUCAAAGAUCAAUAUCUAAUAUAGCUAGUUCAGAAGGAGAUGGAGAUUUAACAAAUAGUCAAACACAAUUAAUAUUUAAUACUUUUAAAAAACAACCAUAUGCUAGAGAUUUAGCUCGAGAAGAUAUAGCUGAUAUGAUAAUUUGA